GGCGGUACAGUGGGUGAGAAAUAUCCCCGGGCAGGAGAGGAAUGGAGCCGGUGGCUGGACCGGGAGGUUUCACAAACUCCUUCAGGAGGAUUCAGACCCCCAAUAAGAAGCUAUCGGGCCCGCGUUUGCACCGAGGGGAAGAUUCAGAAACACCCGGUGGAAGCCGCAAACCCCAAGAAGAUCCUGUAUUAGAAGAGGAGGAAUUGCAGACAAUAACAAACCAAGCAUCGCAUCAAAAUAUGACAGAGUCACUCGAUACAUCAGGAUCUGAACAUCAUCAGCCUUUGAACAUGGAAGAAAGAAGCACCAUUCACAGUGGGGAGAAACCGUAUAUGUGUCCCGUGUGUGGACAAGGCUUCAGCCGAUCAUCUGGCCUGACAAGACACAAGCGCAUUCACACCAGGGAGAAACUGUAUAAAUGUGGGGACUCCGGGAAGGGAUUCAAUUAUCCAGUUGAGCUAGAAAGUCAUCGACACACACACUGGUGAGAGACCUUUUACCUGCCCUGUGUGUGGGAAGGGAUUCACCCAGUCAGCUGGCCUGUUGAUUCACCAGCAUUCACACCAGAGAGAGGCAGUUCACCUGCUCCGAAUGUGGAAAGGGAUUCACUCAGUCAUCAGCUCUGCUGAUACAUCGGCAUAUUCACAUAGGGGAGAGGCCGUUCACCUGCCCCGUGUGUGGGAAGGGAUGUACUGAUUUCUCUGCCCUGCAGAGACACCAGCGAGUUCACACUGACAAGAGAGAGUUUAAAUGCUCUGAAUGUGAGAAGAGCUUUAAAAGUCCACGCACACUGAGGGAGCACCAGUACCUUCACACUGGUUCCACACCGUUCAACUGCUCUCACUGCGGGAAGGGGUUCAGGACGUCCUUCCACCUUGUGGCACAUGAGCCCGUUCACACUGGGGAGAGGCCGUUCACCUGCUCUGAGUGUGGGAAGGGAUUUAAUCGAUCAUCCAAUCUGCAGAAACACCAAAGCGUUCACAGUGAGGAAAGACCUUUCUCGUGCCCAGGCUGUGGGAAAUGUUAUAAAAGUUCUGAGGAACUGCAGCACCAUCAACAUGUUCACUCUGACGAGAGACCAUUCACGUGUCCUCACUGUGGGACUGGGUUCAAGUGAUCAGGCGACCUCAUUGUACACCAGCGAGUUCACACUGGGGAGAGGCCAUUCAACUGCACAGUGUGUGGGAGGGGAUUCACUUGUUUAUCCCAUCUCGCUUCACACCAACUUGUUCACACAGAUAAGAGACCUUUUCAAUGUUCUGACUGUGAGAAAAGCUUCAAAACCAGAAAUGAUCUGUUCACACACCAGCGUAAUCACUCUGGGGAACGACCAUUCAGCUGCACUGUGUGGGGGAAGGGAUUCACUCGCUCAUCCACCCUGCUGAGGCACCAGCACAUCCACAGUGGGGAGAAGCCCUUCGCUUGUUCCAUGUGUGGGAAGGGAUUCACCCAGCUAUCCAACCUGCUGAGACACCAGCAAGUUCACCAGUGAUUACAGGGGUGGGAUUCUGCUGUUAAUCACAUCCACAGCUGAACCAUGUUCAUUCGGAUAGUUGGAGUUCAUUUCAUAUUUAAAUUGCCCGAAUGGACUUUGUGUGUGCCCCACAACCUCUCUCAUACAUGUGUGAAAAGACCUUUACACCUGCAAACCUUGUCUUAAAUGUAAAUCACUCAGAAACUGUAUUGAACUAAAGAUGAACAAUAAACAGAUAACAGUCCAAUCCUGAAGCUCUAUAUUGACAGGAGAAAGUCUGUUCUGUAACUUGAGGAAAAGGCUUGGUAAGCUCUGAAUAUUUGUAAUUACAAGUAGGCUCGAGCUGUUUGUGAGAUGGGCAGCUCAAAGCUGUUAAUUUGUCAGAUAUUGAAGGAAUUACUCUGAACGUAAACUCACCAAUUGAUAACCUCAGACUCUGCUCCCUGCUGUAAUUAAUACUCAGCAUCCAUUCGUGCUGAUUUGCAGUGAAUCACUGAAUAUCCUGUGGCGUCUUUGUUCCUUGUUUUGUGAAAUAGCUCUCCCCAUUAGUGCUGAACUGCUGGAUAACUCUGAUUACAUUUAGACACGUCUAGAGAAGGUCUGUGUGACCAGAUUUCACUGUGAUUUGGAAACAAUAAACAAUGUUCAUGGCCUGAA